AUGGUCCUUCAGCGUUGUGGCGGUGGUGAAAUCGCGGUUUGCAUCCACGACGUAGUAUACAACGCCCUUGCAAUCCAGAAGGUGGCGUGCCAGUCUCCUCUUGCCCCUCCUCGGGACUCUGCUGUCCCUCUUGUUGCUCCUCCUGACCGUCCUCAGGCUGCUGCUGUCCCUCUUGUUGCCGAUAUUGUUGUGCAUCCGAUUGACCCUCUUGUUGUUCGUACUGCUGUUCCUCUGACUGUUCACCUUGCUGUUCGUAUUGCUGUUCCUCAGGCUGUUGAACUCGUUGCUCCUCAGGCUGCUCAUUCUGUUGAUCCAGGUGUUGCUCUUGAUACUGCUGUUGAUCCUUGUGCUGGCCAUCGUCGGCCCGGACCACGUCCUUGA